AUGGCACCGCUUCCGCCGCGCGAGCUCCUCUCUGUCAUCGAGGCGGCGCUGCUGGGCUCCGCGGCGCCGUCGCCGGCGCAGCGCGUGGAGCUCCUCCACGCCGUCCGCGACGCCGCCCCCGCGUUCCGCACGCUACUCUCCUAUCCGGGGCCGAAGGCGUCUGAUCGGACUCAGGUGGAGAGCAAGGAGGUGCGGCUCCCAGGCAUGCCGCCCAUCACUCUUGAUGACACAGACGUGCAGACUGCGCUUAAGUUAAGUGAUGAACUCAAUCUUAAUGAGAUUGAGUGUGUUCGUUUGCUAGUUGAUGCUAACAGAGAGUGGGUUUUGUAUGGUCGAGAGCCAUUGGAAAUAUAUAGACUUGCAGCUGGCCUAUGGUACAUGGAGAGAAGGGAUCUUAUAACCGCUCUGUACAUUCUGUUGCGAUCUGUUGCACUUGACCAAGGUCUUGAUGCUGAUCUGAUGUCUGAAAUCGAGGAGCAAAUCCAGCCUUUAUUUAAUGAUGGUCUUCGGCAACGGAUAAUUGCCCUUGUAAAGGAGCUGAACCGGGAAGAACCAGCUGGAAUUGGCCGACCGAGCUCUGAGCGUUAUGUGCUUGAUUUCAGAGGGGCUCUUGUGGAAAGAAGGGCAAUUGUCUCAAGAGAGAGAUUAAGUUUGAGCCACUGCCUCGCUCUCUCUGCACUUAUUAAACUAAUGAGCCCCAGAGAGGUUAAGGAUGUAUUUUCAAUAUUGAAAGACUGUGCAGCUGAAGCAAAUCAAAAUAGUAGUGUGGAGCUCCAGAUCACCUAUGGAGUUCUGUUCUCUCUUGUGGCAACUUUUAUUUCUGAUGCCCUAAGUACUCCUGAGAAAGCAUCAUUGUCAUCGUCUGAUUCCUCAUUUAGACGCGAAUUUCAUGAACUUGUGAUGAGGACAGGUAACAAUACGACUAUUGAAGGGUUUGUUGGUGUUGUGAGACUUGCAUGGUCUGUUCAUUUGAUGCUAACUCAAGAUCGAAGUAAUUCAAGAGAAAUGUCAGAUAUUUGGUCAUGUCUUGAAAUUAUCUGUCGUCAAAAUUCUUUUGAGUUUUUGCGGGAGCAAGUUUUGAAAACAGCUGCAUACCAGAAUGAUGAUGAGGACAUUGUCUACAUGUACACUGGCUACACUCACAAGCUAAUGAUGUGCUUUAUUUCCCACCCUACUUCUAGAGAUAAGAUAAAGGAAAUUAAGGAGAAAGCAAUGACUGCCCUCAGUCCAUAUGGGCCACCGCGGGGUCAUCGGGAAGAUCUUGGUAGAAAUGGGGAACAAGUUGAUGAGCCUACUAAUGAGCCUUUUGUAUCCCUGCUGGAACUAGUUAGAGAAAUCUAUCAGAAAGAGCCUGAACUAGGGAAUGGAAAUGAGGAACUGUGGACCUUUGUUAUAUAUGCAGGAGAAGACCACACCAACACACAAACUCUUGUGGCCUUCCUUGGACUUCUCAGUACUUUGGCUUCCACCAAAGUUGGUGCUGCCAAAGUCUAUGAGCUUCUCCAGGGAAAAACUUACCGUUCAGUGGGUUGGAGCACUUUGUUUGAUUGCUUAUCUAUCUAUGAGGAGAAGUUCAAAAAAUCAAUUCAAUCUUCUGCAAACAUACUGCCUGAUUUUCCUGAGGGGGAUGCACAGGCACUUGUUGCAUAUUUAGCUGUUCUUCAGAAGGUGGUGGAAAAUGGGAAUCCUAUGGAACGCAAGAAGUGGUUCCCUGACAUUGAACCUUUAUUCAAGCUUCUCAGCUAUGAAAAUGUGCCUCCGUACUUGAAGGGGGCUUUGCGAAAUUCAAUAACUGCAUUUAUCAAAGUGUCACCCCUACUAAAAGAUGCUAUUUGGAAUUAUCUUGAGCAAUAUGAUCUUCCGGUGGUUACGGCUCCAUUAGGUCACCAUACAGCAACACAGGUCUAUGAUAUGAGGUUUGAGUUGAAUGAAGUAGAAGCGAGGAGGGAGAGUUACCCCUCAACCAUAUCUUUCCUCAGAUUGAUCAAUGCACUUAUUGUAGAAGAAAGAAAUAUAAGUGACAAAGGCCGGAGGUUCAUGGGUAUCUUUAAGUUUGUUUAUGAGGAUGUCUUUGGUCCUUUUCCUCAAAGAGCUUAUGCUGACCCCCUGGAAAAAUGGGAGCUCUCACUUGCCUGCUUGGAGCAUUUCCGCAUGGUUUUGAGCAUGUAUGACAUAAAAGAUGAUAAUAUUUAUGCUUCUGUGAACACAUUAGCUCCUUCCUCUAUUGAGAGACAGCUUCCUCUGCUAGAACUACUCAAAGAUUUCAUGAGUGGGAAAGUUGCUUUCCGGAAUAUUAUGAACAUCAUAUUAGUAGGUGUUGACUCUCUUACCAAUGAGCGAACUACCCAAACAUACGGUAUCAUUUUGGAGAAAGCUGUCCAUCUAUCUCUUGAGAUAUUUAUUCUUGUCAUGGAGAGAGAUAUGGCUCUUGCUGAUAUUUUUCGGCCACUCUACCAGCCAUUGGAUGUUAUAUUAGCUCAAAGUCAUAGACAGAUUGUAGCAUUGCUAGAGUUUGUACGAUAUGAUUAUCUUCCCCAAAUUCAACAGUGUUCUAUCAAAAUUAUGGGCAUCCUGAGUUCUAGAAUAGUUGGUUUGGUACAGUUGCUUUUGAAAGCUGAUGUUGGAAAAAUGGUAAUAGAAGAUUAUGCUGCUUGCUUGGAGUUCCGGUUUGAUGAUUUUCAGGUCAUAGAAGACACGAAAGAUGAUGUUGGAGUUCUAAUACUGCAGCUUCUCUAUGAGUUAUGUCUUGAUCCUUUAACUUGUGGGCCUGUUAUGGAUCUCCUGAGUACAAAGAAGUACCAGUUCUUUUCUAAGCAUGUUGGAACCAUCGGAGUGACACCGCUCCCGAAAAGGAACAGUAACCAAUCUCUUCGUAUCAGCAUGCUCCAUGAGAGGGCAUGGUUGCUAAAGAUGUUAGCACUGGCAUUACAUAUAUCCGAUAUAUCAUCAUCUGUAUACAGGGAAGCCUGUGUGGCUAUUCUUUAUCAUACUUUUGGUCAGUGUGCUGAGAACUUCCAGAGCACAAGUUUGUUCGAUUCACGUGCUUUGACUAGCAUCAGCGAUGUACCAGCAAAGAGGAAUAAGGUUUUGGACUUGCUUGAGGUUCUACAGUUCAGAUGUCCGGACACUUCAAUGAAGUAUCCACAGCUGCUUUCCAACCUGGGAAUUGAAUCGAAGAUUGAAGAGAUCCUAAGGAACUCUGCAACUUUUGAAAACGGUGGUGUAUAUUAUUAUUCAGAGAGAGGUGAUCGACUGAUUGAUCUUGAUGCUUUCCAUGAAAAACUUCUCCAGAUGUCACAAGAAUUGAACCCACAAUUAAGCGAGAAUGAGAAAGCCGGACUAAAAGAAUCAUUUCAUCAUUUGCUGAAAUGGGCUUGGCGAUAUAACAAAAAUCUUGAAGAGCAGGCUGCCCAGCUUCACAUGUUAACUGGCUGGUCACAGAUUGUUGAAGUUGCUGUAUCAAGAAGGAUGUCAUUAUUUGAGGACCGUUCUCAGCUAUUGUUUGAGCUGCUUAAUGCUUCAUUGAAUGCCACGACAUCUCCAGAUUGUUCAGUGAAAAUGGCAUAUGUUUUAACGAAUGUAUCGUUGACCUGUAUGGCUAAACUGCGGGAUGAAAGAUUCAUAUGCCCAGCUGGUACAGAUUCUGAUGCAGUUACUUGCCUUGACGUUAUUUCGUCAAAGCAGCUACCAAAUGCAGCUUGUAACUCAUUGCUAUUCAAGCUUGUGAUGGCAACGCUAAGAAAUGAAUCAUCUGAAACCUUGAGAAGACGGCAAUAUGCAUUACUACUGAGUUAUUUUCAGUAUUGUAGUAGCAUUCUUGAGUCUGAUGUCCCUCCAUCUGUUCUUCGGUUCUUGCUACUGGAGGAGCAAGAGGGUGAUGAUGAGGACAUCACUCUUCAAAAGGUUCUCAAGGAGCACAAUGAAUUAGCACAUGCCAACUUUUCCAUCAUAAGGAAGGAAGCUCAAGCUAUCAUCGAUUUGGUUACUAAGGAUGCUGUCCAUGGUAGUGAAGCUGGGAAAGCAAUUUCCUUUUAUGUUCUUGAUGCAUUAAUUAGUAUUGACCAUGAAAAGUAUUUCUUAAAUCAACUUCAAAGUCGAGGGAUUCUUAGAUCAUGUCUGAGUGAUGUUACAAACUAUUUGUCAAAGGAUUCGUCAUUGGCAUCGGAAUCUUCACAGCGGUUUUGCACUGUUGAUGCUCAGUUUUCAUUACUGCUGAGAAUAAGUCAUCAUUAUGGCAAACAUGGCGCUCAGAUUCUGUUGUCCAUGGGUGCUUUACAAAAUCUUUCAUCAUGCAACCUCAUGGGUGGGCAGAAAAAGGGCAAUCCAAGGGCAAUCUCCAAAAUCAUAAAUGAACGGACUGGUGAAAUUGACAAGAAGAGGUCACUUAUUACACCUGUACUGCGAAUAGUCACCUCUUUUACAUCGCUUGUGGACUCGGCUGAUUUUCUGGAGGUGAAGAACAAGAUUGUACGAGAGAUAGUGGACUUCGCGAAGCAGCAUCAGUCGGUUUUUAAUAGCAUUUUAAGGGAGAACAUGACUGGAGCUAAUUUGCUCACAUUGGAACAGCUUAGCAUGGCGGUUUCUAUUCUCAGCAAGGUUUGGGCGUAUGAGGAAAAUGAGGAAUGCAGCUAUAUUCAAGAUCUAUUUUCCUUGAUGCAUUCUCUUUUUAGCCUCGACUUUGGGUCUCUAAAUUUUAUGCAAUCACCAAACAUGAUUGAGAAUCAUAAGUCAGAAUUGAUAGCAUUUGGUCUUUGCUUCAGCCUUGUCUCUUAUCUUUAUGUUCUGGCUACAAAGAAGAACAUGCGAUUUCAAGUUUCGUAUGGCCAUAAUAGUGAUCAGCAGCACCCAACACUACAAAUGGUUUCUGAUCUUCUGAAUUCAGUAACACUUGCCCUGGAAAGAGUAGGCGAAGAAAAAUAUAUGCUAUUAAACAAGAUCCGUGACUUGAAUGAGUUGUCCAGAAAGGAGGUUGAUGAGAUAAUAAAAGUAUGCAUGAAGCAAGAUUGCAUCUCUCCCAAUGAUAACAUCCGUAAGAGGAGGUACAUUGCAAUGAUAGAUUUGUGUUGCAUGGCUGGCAACCGAGACCAGCUUAUAACCCUUCUACUCCAAAUAACGGAAUGUGCCGUUACUAUUCUCCUUAUUCAUUUUCAGGACGAUGCUUCUGCAAAAGGUCUUUCUUCAUUUUCUGAUGAACUCCUUCCUGUGCUGGAGAGACUAGAGCAUUUGAAAGAGGACAAAGUUGGACGUAGUCUGAAGUUGUUCCACAGAUCUGUUACUACACUUAAGGAGAUGACCAUCAGAACCAUGACCCUAUGA